GACCGCCUCACGAAAGAGCGGGAAUGCAGGCGACCGACCGACCCUGCUUCUGCACCAGCCCCGUUGGCAUGAGCACGCGGAAGCAGCGCUCGCUGGAUGGCGCCCCAAAGUGUCCCCUCCUCUCUCUCAGGCAUCCACUCAGGACCAUCUGGUGGUGCAAACGGAGUGCUCGCGCGUGCGCCAGCGCAGUCUGAUGGAGAUCCCCAGGCACGCUGUCUGCGCUAGGUGUUGUUGCUGUGCCUGACAGAGGCAGCGCGCGCACCCACCCACCCACCGACACACACGGCAGCCGCCUCCACGCCUCUCUUCCUCUCCGCCUGUGUAUGUGGCAGCCGCAGACGCCGCCAGCAGCAGGAGCAGCAAGGAGAGAAGAGGCAAAAGAGGGACCGGCAGAGCGACGAACGCGCCCCGUCCCCAUCUUCUCGAGGACUGCGUAGCCACCGCACGACAUCAUACGCAGGCUCGAGCGAAAACAGCGGCAGGCAGACCGCGAGCCAGAGCCGUUCUUCCGUUGCCCGAAGAGCUCCUCGCCUGCUCCUCUCUCUGCCUCUGUCUCUGCCUUCUCCGCGCGCGGGUCCCGCCUGCCUCCUGCCACAAGGACUAGCCACCAUGGUGAAGGAGCCUAGCAGGAAAAAGGAGGGAUGCGACUGCAAGCGUUUCCUGAAGAACAAUUGGCUCCUCCUGAGCACCAUCCUCGCCGUGGUCCUGGGCAUUGGACUAGGUGUCGCUGUUCGGGAAUAUGGCAAACUCUCCAACCUGGAUAAAUUUUACUUUGCAUUUCCAGGAGAAGUUCUGAUGAGAAUGCUCAAGCUGAUCAUAUUGCCAUUAAUUAUAUCAAGCAUGAUAACAGGUGUUGCUGCUUUGGACUCUAGUGUUUCUGGAAAGAUUGGCUUGCGGGCAGUUGUCUACUACUUCUUCACUACAGCCCUAGCGGUAAUCCUAGGGGUUGUAUUGGUUGUGACCAUCAAACCAGGAGUGUCCCAGAAAGCUGAUGAGAUUGAUAGAACAGGUAGCACACCUGAUGUCUCUACUGUGGAUGCUAUGUUAGACUUGAUUAGGAAUAUGUUCCCAGAAAACCUUGUACAGGCCUGUUUUCAACAGUAUAAAACCAAACGUGUAGAAGUAACAAUCACAAGUGAAGUGGACAAAAAUGGUACUGUUCCUACAGAAGCCCCAGUUACAACUGUAAUGCCAACAGAGACUUCAGAGAAUAAAACUAAGGAAUACAAAAUAGUGGGCGUGUAUUCCGAUGGUAUUAAUGUUCUUGGCUUGAUAGUCUUUUGUCUUGUCUUUGGAAUUGUUAUCGGAAAAAUGGGAGAAAAGGGAAAAGUGCUGGUGGACUUUUUCAACGCACUGAAUGAUGCCACAAUGUAUAUAGUUCAGAUAAUAAUGUGGUAUAUGCCAUUGGGUAUUUUAUUUUUGAUUGCUGGAAAGAUAAUAGAAGUUGAAGACUGGGAGAUUUUCCGGAAAUUGGGUCUUUAUAUGGCUACUGUGCUAAGUGGGCUUGCAAUCCAUUGUGUUGUAAUUUUGCCACUAAUAUACUUAAUAAUAGUCAGAAAAAAUCCGUAUCGAUUUGCCAUAGGGAUGGCUCAAGCACUUUUGACAGCACUCAUGAUUUCCUCAAGUUCAGCCACUUUACCUGUCACCUUUCGCUGUGCAGAAGACAAAAACCAUGUUGACAAGAGAAUUACCCGAUUUGUUUUACCAGUUGGAGCUACAAUCAACAUGGAUGGUACCGCACUUUAUGAAGCAGUGGCUGCUGUUUUUAUUGCACAGCUUAAUGACUUAGAGCUAGAUAUUGGCCAAAUAGUGACCAUUAGUGUAACAGCAACAGCAGCCAGCAUUGGAGCUGCAGGAGUGCCCCAGGCUGGACUAGUUACCAUGGUGAUUGUACUGAGCGCAGUUGGAUUGCCUGCUGAAGAUGUUACUCUCAUAAUAGCAGUGGACUGGCUUCUGGAUCGAUUCAGAACAAUGGUGAAUGUCCUUGGUGAUGCCUUUGGAACUGGAAUUGUGGAGAAGCUCUCCAAAAAGGAACUGGAAUUGAUGGAUGUGGGUUCUGAAGUCAACAUCGUGAAUCCUUUUGCCUUGGAAACAACAGUGCAUAACAGUGAGGAAGCAGAAACCAAGAAAUCCUACGUGAAUGGAGCUUUUGCCAUAGAUAAAUCUGAUACCAUAUCAUUCACCCAGACAUCACAGUUCUGAAGGAGAUUGACUGAUAAGGGAGCUACGCAGGAUUAAAGGACAUGGGAGGCCCCAUGUCGAACCAUAUUCUGGGUUCCUCUCACUUCAGACCCCACCUGCUGUAUUUUCUCCUUUGCCUAUAUUUAUACAGACAGAGGGAGAUACACACCCGCUAUCUUGCAAAUCUCCCUUCUCAGAUCUGCCACAACACAGAGAACAUAGUCAUUCCACUCCUCUUCUUGUGCAGGCUAUCAGUAUUUUACAUUUCCCCACAACUGGGAUCAUGGCCAUUGUUCCUCCCCAGUCAUUUCAUGAUGGAACAGCCAACAUGUUCAAAGUUGUGAAGAUUCCUUCAGGAGCCCCAGCGAUAGGCAUAUUCUCAUCAUGUAUAAUGUUCUCUGACAAAUACGUAACAUCAGGGAACCCAACAUAGUUGAGUAGUGGGCUAAGGUUACCCAAGUCAUGCCUGUGUCGAUGCUCUGAAGGACAUCAUCACACAUGAAAUCAUUUAGCAAACCAAAAGAAUAAGUGUAUUCCUUUGAAACAGAGACUCUAGAUUUUCCUCAACUCCUAAUUUUUACAGCAUCUGAUCACUGGGCAGAUUUAUCAAGGUUGUCUGAAAAUGUAUUUUUUUAAAAAAGCCAUGUCAUAUUCCUGAGGAUUCUAGACAUCUGCUUGCAAUGAACAUGCUCCCAAGUUGGAAUAAUGAACCAAAGGUGUUUUUUUCCUGAGGCAUAGUAUAGUGUUUUCCAUUUCGCUAUUCUGUGUAUGGAAUUCUUUUUAAAAAAAUAAAACUCUUCUUUAAAAAGAAUUUUUAAAAAAAUCUUAUUUAAACUUCUUUGCAGUCAUUUCUCUGCAAAUCAAUUCUGUGCCAAGAUGUUUGGUAGCUAAUUAAUGAUUGGAAAAGGAAAUAAGAAUGGUAAUUUAAUGUGUUAACUUUUUUAAAGUGUGAAUGUAUUUUUUUUUAAUAAAUUAUUAUAGAAAUUGGAAGUUGCUACAUAAGAACUUGCAUUAUUAUAUUUUCUUUUGUGCCAUAAAUUAUACAAGAAUAUAGCUGGGCUUUAAAAGUUAAGCCAAUCAUAAAAGCUUUGCUGCAAAUUGAAACGCUGAUAAUUUAGUUUUCUUCAUUCAUUAGUCAUCUUUGGGAAGUGGAUAGAAAUAUCUUCAGAGCUACCAGUAUUAUCAGCUCUAGCAAAAACAGAUAAAAAUCAACUGCAUAGGUAUUUAUGACAUGGCUUGUAGACAUUUUGUGCUUUAAAAAUUAUUAUACCCAUGGUAUAAUUGCUAGUGGUUGGUUGAGUGUCAGUUUGCUUGCUUCUUAAUUUUGUAAUCGGACCUGAAAUCCUGCAGUGGCAAAUAUUCUAGGCCUCAUGACAAAGAACCAAACUUUAAAGCAUCUCUUGAAUGGUGAAUAAGCAUCACGGAGCAAUAUUUUCAUAUUGGCCACCUGAGCUUGGGUUCUUUAUCAAAUCAUUCCACAAUGUUAAAAACGUUUUCUGUAAUAUUUUAUCAGGUAUUUUCAUGGUCUGAUAUUUUUUCCUGUAUAAAAUAUAAGCGUACUUGGCUUGCAUAUAAUUUAGGGAGUAGUCCAACUUGAGUUUACGCCAGGCUGCAGAAGUUGGAUGUGGCAGACCCUCAGCGCCGCCAGGCUCUGCCAGCAGAAGCCCCCCAGUCCUGGCUGAGCCACAGCAGCCCUGGGAUCAUGCUAGCAUGGUCGGUGAUCUGCUGGGGACGGUGAGCCACUGAAAGCAGGCUUUAGUACCAAAAAUGGGGCAUUCCAGGGGCAUGGCAGGGAUGAGCCACAGGGGGCACUUAUGCAGCAUCCAAGUCCCCUCAGAGCACUCCCAUGGGUCCUGAUCCAGCCCAAAGUUCAAUCAGCAAAAAGGCCAGCGCAGUAAAAUUAUUCCAAUGGUAGUCUACAAGGAGCAAUGGCUCCCCAGUAGGCCUGUUCAUGGGAGCCGGCCUGUCCUUUCCAGCUCCUGCACUCAUCUCCCAACAGAGCCUGUGUUCAGCCAGGCCAGUGGCUCGCAAGCCGCAAGUGGAUGGAGCGCAGCUUCCUGCUGUCUCCUCCACUGCCACCCCCUCCCCCACUGGCUACACAAUUUGGAUUGCUCUGCCCCUUGUUAGUCAUCUGACUAGUAACACAAACUAAAAUUCAAAGAGAAGACCAUUUAUUUUGUAAAUAACCUUAUGUUAAACUGAAAAGUAUGCACUUAAUUACUAUAAAGAAAAAUAAAAAUUCCUGUAGCAUUAGAAAAACUCAGUCUUACACUUUGAUAUUCAAUAAAUAAGCCAGGAUAUGUGCCAAAGAGAACUGAAAAUAAAUCACAUAUAGUAUGUUUUGAUAAAUUGCACCUUAAUUGAGUAAGAAGCAUAAUACCGUAUGUAUUUAAAUAUUCUAAGCUAAAAUGCAGUGUGCAUACCAAGUGCAAAUGUUGAUAUGUUUAUACAAAAUGAAGGAAUGUACAGUGUAAAUUAGUCCUUUAUCUUCUGCUCAAUUGAUUUUUAAAAGACAUUUGUACAGCUUUGCUAUUGCUAGAGAUAGAAAAUGUCCAUAAUCAAUGGUGCUUAGUCUUUUCUUUGCAGCUCUCUGUUUGUAACCAGUCCCUUCAUCACUGUACAGUUCUGGCCAUCUUGUUUUCAACCUACCUAUCCCUGUUCCGUAUCUGUAUGUAGAUUUGUACCUGGGACCAGAUAUAUCACAUGGGCAUCUGCUCGUUUGUUUUAACUGUGAAACUAGGAUGGAAGAAAAACAGCCAAGUGAAUGUUUGAAAAGCCUUAAACCAGUUUUACCAGAGUAAUCCUAAUAAAUGUUAUGAGAGUGAUCCAGAUUAGGUUGUGGCUGCGACCAGUAUUUCCUUAUAACCAGUAAACAUGAUUUAUUAUUAAGUCAGAUAAAGAUAAGGAACUCAACCAUAUUACAGCAAAUGUUUGUAUAUCAAAAGGAACAGUGAUGGGCUGAUCCUGAAUUUCAUGACAGAGAUCUGAAGAGAACUGCUUUGAAAGGAGGAAGCUCAGGACUAGUAUCCAAAAUGUGCUUUGGCUGUAGCAAACCCAAGCAAUCAAACAAGAAAUAAUAGGAUUAGACACAUAAUAUACCUAUUUAAAUUGGAUCAGUUGUUUCAAUUGUAGUUGUGUUUAUGUGAACUGCUCUGGGGGAUCCUUUGGGGAUCAGGUGAGAUAGAAAUUAAAUAAAUAAUACUGCUAUAUCUGUUAUUCUUCUAGAUUUCUCAUGGUUAUGCCCAUGUGGAAUAAAUCAUGUACAGCAUCAUGAACUAUGAUCACCGUGUACUUUCAUUCUUCCUUCUUAUCGAAGUACCACAAAAGCAUGUGCAAUGGGUUAUACCCAUAUACGUUGGGUCUUUUCUAAAGAAGCUUACAGCAAGAUCCAUAUGCACAAUAGUUUCCAUUAUUUUCCUUCACAGCAGAUUCAAUGGAAGCAGCUUAUCUUGUGAAGCAGAACAUCUCCUACUGAGUAUAAAACUGAUGCAUAAACAAAAGCUCAUAUAUGAACAUAAAAGGACUUGCUGGAUCAGGACCAUUACCUCCCUCACAUCAUGAAAAACUGUUUCAGGUCAUUGAUCACUGCAUUGUCCAGUAAUCAAAUACAUGGAAUCUGAUCCAGAGUCUUCCGAGGAAUGCAUGCAGGCUUAAGUGUGCAACUACUAUUAACUUUCAUUGAAGUCACUGGAUAUUACCACAUGAUAACUGAAUAUUUUAAGUUUCUAUCAAACAGUCAUAUGGUCUUAGUAGCUGAUAUGCAAAAGUAUAUUGAGGGCAGCAAGAAAUGUUUCAACUAAGGAUAUAUGUGUUACCACAGUUGUGGUUUAGUUAUCCCCUUUAAAACUAAA